AGUGAAAUCGGUGCAGGGGGUCCUUUGUUUUGCUAACUGCCAGAGCGAGGCAGCUGCAGCUUAUUAUUAAAAAAAAAUUAACAAAAAUAUAACUACAUAAAGACAAAAAAACACAGAGAGAGAGAGCGGAUAACAACAAACGACGGCGACUGUCCCCGUUCCCCAACGAAAACAAAAACAAUCCAUACAUGCAUCUCAUUAUUUACACAAAAGUGUUGAAGUGUCUGUUUCAAAUAAAAAGAAAAAAUAAAAACAUAGAAGUAAAUUAACAAUGACUGUGGCGGUGAAAUAAAGAAAGAAGUCCAAAGCUCGUAUUACAAUCUACUUAACCACCGAUCGGAUUACAAAGACAACCACCAUGGAGCGGGUGAGGCGAGCUUUCACGCGCCUGGAAACCAAAAGACUGCCCGAGGAUGUGGACGACGGCCUGGAGACCCUGGAGGAGUACAAGCAGCGCUGGCGCUCCGUCCGCAUCAUUUACUUUACCAUGUUCCUGAUGUCCCUCGGAUUCAGCAUCAUUCUCACCGGCAUCUGGCCGUUUCUUAAAAAGUUAGAUCCCGAUGCGGGCAAGGAGUUCAUGGGUCUGAUUGUGGCCGCCAAUCCCCUGGGUCAGAUGAUCUUCAGCCCGAUCUUCGGCUGGUGGGGCAACCGACUGGGCACCAUCCGAUUGCCUCUGCUUGUAUCGCUAGCGCUCUUCACAUUCGCCAGCGGACUGUAUUCCUCGCUGGAGCUGCGUCCCGACAACGUCAAGUACUGGAUGCUGGGCUCCCGGUUCCUCAUUGGAGUCAGCUCCGCGAACAUAGCUCUGUGCCGGUCCUACUUGUCCGCUGCCACGCGAAUCAGCGAGCGAACACAUGCCGUUUCCAUGGUGUCCCUGGCACAGGUGCUGGGCUUCAUCAUCGGUCCCACUCUCCAGGCUCUAGUGACUCCCCUGGGAGAUGUGGGCCACAUUUGGCUGGGGGGCCUGAUGCACUUUAACAUGUACACUGCAGCCGGAUGGAUCAAUGUGGUAAUGAGCCUUGGAAACUUUAUGCUAUUCCUGCCGUGCAUGUUCCAGGAGCACAAAAUAGCCGCUAGGGAGGUGAUGGUCAUGCAGGGAGGAACCUCUGAGCGCGAAACCUGGAAGGGCAUCAAACCCAACUACCUCUCCGCCUGGACUCUCAUCGUUGCCUUCUUCGUCCUGGUCUUCAACUUUGUCCUGCUGGAAACACUGGGCACCUCGCUGACUAUGGACAUGUUUGCGUGGUCCAACGACGAGGCACUCUGGUACAUGGGCAUCAUGAUGACAGUGGCCGCCAUCGUCUCCCUCAUCACCUUCGUCUUAAUCGAACCCAUGUGCAAGUUGUUCGCGGAGCGCUAUGUCCUCAUCUGGGGCGGCUUCUCGCUGAUGUUCCUGGGCCGAAUACUCUUCGUACCGUGGGGCCCUGAUCCUCCGAAGCUGGCCCAGCCCUUCAACGCCAGUCUCAACCUGAGUGCCGAUGAUCCCAUAUACCUCGGAUGUCCGCCCUCGCAGGAGUGGUGUGGCGAGCUGCCUGCUCUCACGCUGACUCAGUUCAUAAUUGGCUUCGCCCUCACCUCGGUGGGUUAUCCAAUCGGAGUGACCCUCAUCCAGACCAUCUUUUCGAAGGUGCUGGGACCGCGACCGCAGGGCGUGUGGAUGGGUUGGAUGACGGGAUCUGGUUGCCUGUCGCGUGUUCUGGGUCCUGUCUUCGUUGGCUCCAUCUACACCAGGCUGGGAACCAACUGGACCUUCGGGGUGACCUCGUUUAUGAUGCUUGUCUCGAUGUUUUGGCUGCAGUGCAGCAAUCGCCUGCUUAUUCCGCCCACCUUUGAAAAAGUAUCGCCUGUGGAGCUACAAGAACUGAACAAAAACGGCGUAAAACUGGAUGACCACCCACCGGAGCACGAGUCCUUGACGAACUCGAAGGCGUGACGAAGCAUAGCUCCGAUCUUUUGGACCUUGUUGCAAUACUGCCCCCAAGAAAGUAUCUUGUUCUCAGUUCCAGAACUUCAAAUCAAUAGAAUAUCUAUAUAUUUUUGCAUAUUUA